GCAGGACUGCGGUGACCUUUUAAUCAUCUUAAAACAUUUUUUUUUUUCAUGAAUUUUGAGCAUCUGGACUUCUGGGUUAGACAGCAGAAAAUGAUACUUUUCAUUUUCACCUUGCUGUCAGCUCAAGUUGGCUGUGAUGACAGCAUUGAACUGAAAGGAUACAGAGGAGGAAGUGUCAUCAUAAUUUAUAAAUAUGAUUAUCUCAAAUACAGCAAUCACACAAAAUAUUUUUGCAAGAUGAAAGAAGGGGAUUGCAAAUACAUCGUUUCUCAGACAGAGAAAAAGCAGGAUCUUAAAGGAAAAUUCUUUGCCCUGGAUGAAAUUCAGUCUGGAGUUUAUAACGUGCUCAUUAGGAAUCUGAGCCAGGAGGAUGGAGGAACGUACAAAUGUGGAGUGACAAACCAAAAUGACUCACAGUUAAACGUGAAGCUGGAGGUGAAAAAUGGUCUAUAUUAUGGGAAGUCAUUUUCACAGACGACUUAUCCUGGAGACACUGUUACCUUCAGCUGUACAUAUCCAAAAGAGCAGAAGGAUCACAUUAAAAGCGUGUACAGAGUGGCCAGUCAGUACAUAUCUGCCAUCAUCUUCACUUAUACAGACUAUGAAAAGGGAGACAGGUACGUUCUUCGCGUUUCCAAAGAGGAUAAAGUCAUCAAUAUGAGCAUCAACAACAUGACAGUGGAUGAUGGAGGACUUUAUCUGUGUGGAGUUUUCAACAAAGAGUCCUCAUAUGUGUCUGUCUUCAGUGAAAUGCAGCUUCAAGUUAUUGCACCUGCAAACAUACCACCUCCAGGUUCUUUGGCCAUCAGCAUCACCAUGGGUGUAGGCGUGGCUUUGCUGCUAAUCGCAGGAUUUGUGCUGAUCUUCUACAAACUGAGGUCCACAAAGGCAAAAGCAGAUGCCUCCUCGCCAGCCAACAGAGAAAACCGUGUGAACAGAGAGGGUGCCAAUUCUACCUAUUAUGAGGAGAUUCAGGAUCUACAGGUCACUACUCUUUAUUCCAUCGUCCAGAAACCCAGAACUCAUCACAGCUCUCCAAAUCCAGCUGGUAGAUCUACCACUUCACCUCCAAACGCUGCUAAGCAGGAUGUCUACUCUUUGGUCCAACUUUCCAAAACAGAAAUGGAAUGAAAACAAUAAUAAUCACAUUUUUACGCAUUUUAAUUGUGAUAUAAGUGCAUAUAAAUAAAGCAGGUGGUAGUGGAGUUAAAAGAGCAGUCAUACAUGUAUGAUUUACCCACUUACCCUCCUAUUUGUCAACUAACACCUCUGAUUUACUGAGUAACCAGCCAGUUUAACCACUAACCCGCCGAUUUAACCAAUAACCCCUCCAAUUUAUCCACUAACCCCUCCAAUUGACCCACUAACCCUCUGAUUUAACCAAUAACCCUUCGAAUUUACCCACUAACCUUCCGAUUUAUCCACUAACCCCUCUGAUUUACCCAUAAAGCCUCUAAUUUACCCACUAACCAUCUGAUUUGCCCACUAACCCUCUGAUUUAGCCAAUGACCCCUCCGAUUUACCCACUAACCCCUCUGAUUUACCAGCUCACCUCUCUGAUUUACCCACUAACACCUCUGCUUUAACCACUAACUCACUGAUUUAACCAAUACACCCUCUGAUUUACCCACUAACCCCUCUGAUUCACCCAUUAACCCCUUUCAUUUAUUUAUUAAUCCUGAGUUUUACCACUGAUUUACUUACAAACUCUCUGAUUUAACCAAGCAUCCCUCUUGUUCCUCCACACACACAGUAAUUUAUCCACAUACCCAAGUAAAAAUAGAAAUCACAUGAAACAUUGUAUGAUCAGUGUAUGAAACAACAAUAUUAUGACACUUCCCGUUAAAGUUUCAGAAGUGGCUGAAGGAGGGAAAGUCUGUUCUGCUUUUUGUAACCAUUACUGUUUACUAUGUUUAUGCUGUCAGCACAUUUGAAAUUAGUCACGAAUGUUGCGUGUAUGAAGUAUAAUUCUUAUCUUUAAAGACUUAACACAUCAGACAUUUUCUUUUUGUAAAAAGUUUACUAUGAUGAUGACAGUCAGGUUCUUUAUAGCACUGGUGACACCCCACCUCAGAAACUGGUCCAUGCAGGUUUUGUCCUUUCUCACUUUGACUGUUACAAUGCAGCAGCCUCAGGACUUCCUACAAUGUGUGUAAAAUGUGGAAGCAUGAAUAUUAACAUUUUUCAAUAACAAGAGAAGUUUUAGCAUCAGUCCAUUGAUCACUUGCUUCCCAUAAAAUUGACUUUUACAUUGUAUCACUAGUUUAUAAAUCUCAUGAUGGCAAAGCACCUUCAUACACAGAGGUCUCCGAUACUGUAAAUAGUGAUCCUGUUUGUCAUCUAAUGUUUUCACAUUCUCCAUUUUUAGGUUCUGUCUAUCGCUAGGGGAAAAAUAAUAAUAAAUUUAAUUAGUUUUGCAUUAUUUUCAUUAUUUUUGCUGGUAUAUUAUUUUCAUUGUGUUUUUUUUCCCAAGUUUUAGUUUGUUAAUCUAAUAUAAACCAAGCUCAGGAUCAAUCCUGAGGUCAGGUUACUGUUUGUGUGAGGUUUUGCAUGUUCUUUACAUGUCCAUGAAAGUUCUCAGGGUUCUCCGGUUUCCUCCAACCUCCGCAAAACAUGCCAGUUGGUAAAUUAGGAAGAUAAAUUACUCUUAAGCCAGUAUCUCACUGGGCAGCGACAGCUUGCGACAAAUUGCGAACACCAUUCGCGAGAGAGUUUCAAAAGUGUCUUGAAAUAUUCACGGGGCUUCUCAAUUUCCUCGCAUGAGUCGCAAAGUGUCGCUCCUUCAUUACUGAAAUUUUGAACAUGUUCAAAAUAUUCGUGUGACAUAAUUUCUCUCAAAGUAGCCGCAAAUGUGUCGCUGGUGUCGCAAAGCUGUCGCAAACCCUUCUCAAGUCAGUUUCCGUGAGGCUUCCUCUACUUCCCUGCCUGCCGAGGGAAAGCCGGGCUGCGACAGCCUGCGACUAGUUGGAGACACAACAAUUGUGGUAAAAUAUGCGAAUAUCAAUUCAGUGUGAUUCCAAGUGAAAACUGUCGCUAAUUCGCAUAUUUUUUCGCAAUUCUUGUGUCUCGAACUAGUCGCGGGUUGUCGCAGCCCAGUGAGAUACUACCCUUAGGUGUGAAUGUGUGUGUAUGUUGUACACUGUGAUGGACCAGAGACCCAUCCGGGGUGUAUUCUCACCUCACACUGGUGUUCCUGGGAUGGGCAUGGGAUCCAUUGUGACCCUGAUCAGGAUAAAGCAUUUCCUGAAAGGGAGUGAGAGUGUUAAUAUUGAUAUUGCUAUGUUUUUACUAAUAUUUGACUAUAAUUCUAAUUUUAUGAUUAUUGCUUCCUUAUUUUAUGCUUUCUUCAUCAUAUCGUAAUUCACAACAUUUUAAAUGCAUGAAAUAUUGAUUCUGAAAUUGUGUAUGUUCUAUCCGGGAUCUUUUAUUGCAAAGAAACUGGAUAUUACAGUAUGUUUGUAAUGGCCGUAUGUGUCUGUAUUGUUUGUAUUUUCCUGUUAUAACAAUGGUUGCUGCUUUCUUGACCAAGUCACUCUUGAAAAAGAGAUUUUAAUGUCAGUGAGCUUUUUUUUACCUGGUUAAAUAAAGGAUGAAGAUGAUGAUGA